AUUGUACUUUAUAAAAUAUAAUUAACUUGUUCAUUUUAUAAUGUAAAUUAGAAAUAAUUGAUUGAGCUUAGAAAUAUGUUGAUAAAUGAUGUCCCUAAAUAUUUUUAAUAGAGCAUAUGUAAUUUUAAAAUUAUUCUACCCUUCAAUUUUAUCAAAAUAUCUAUUCAUAUAUAUCCAUAUUCUUUUAUAAAAUCCUAAUUUCUAACCCUAAAUUCCCAAAUCACAAACCGUAAUUCCCAAAUUGAAAAUCAGAAACCCUAACCUAAUUUCCUCCAACCCUCAGCAGCUGCCAGCCACACUUCCUUACCUCAAUGGUCACACAACACAGAGCAGAGAAAGAGAUUUGCGGGAAGAAGAGAAAGAAAACGUUGCUGCCGCCGCGCUUGACUGCUGCCGCCGUCGUCCUCAUCGCGCACCGCCACCGUCCAGCAGGUCGUCAUGCCGAGCUCGUUCCACCACCGUCAACACUGCCAUGAAGAAGAGAAGACGACGUCAUAACGCGAGCCAAGGCCGAGAGGAAGGGGACGUUGCUGUGCCUUCAACGCGACCGAUCCGCCGCUGCCACUGGUAGGGUUCUGUCGCCGCCGUUCAUGGAGCUUCGAUUAGCGUCACUGUCAUCGCAUACCAGAGGAGAGGGGAGCUCGUGUGUGAAGAGUAGCGCCGCUGUGCCUCCGUCGCGCCUUCAUCACCAUCGAAUUGUCUUGCUGUUGCUAGCCUCAUAGCCACUUCUGAGGCUGCGCCGCCGUGCCUCUGGUCAUGGGUGGAGUCCACUCCAAGCUGUCACCAUCACAGAAUACACGCAGAGGAGAGGGAGAAAGGAUCUCCACCGCUGUCAAGGUCGCUAGUGAGUCGUGCACUGUCACCAGAGUCUAAAACAGCACCAGCCUUCUUGUUCUGGUUCUGAUAUUCCUAUUCUUGAACCUGUGAUAGUGUCGGUGAUAAUAAAGAACUGUUGGAGUUGCUGCUGCUGCUGCUGUUCCGGCCGCAUUGGCUGUUGUAAACUGGGAAAAAGAAAGGGAUCGUUGCGUUUAAAUUCGACGGUUUCGACUAAUUGAGUGACACAGGUUCGAAGAUACAGUUUGAAGCUGCGGGCGAUUAUAGAAUUUAUUUAUGAGUUAAAUGUAUGAGUUAAUUUGCUUUCAUAGAAUUCCCUCGCUUUUGUUACUUUAGUUUUUAUUUUACACAGAGGGAUAGGAUUUGUAUCUAAGUUUUAUUGGAAAUCUUUUGUAUGACAGAUAUUAUUAUUAGUAAUUAUGUGAUUAUUAUUACUUGGUGAUGUUUGCUAUAUGAUUUUAAUUAUCAAAAACAAAAUUUUCCGGUAUUUUUGCUAAAACUGAAUCGCGAUAUCGAACUAGAGGCUCAAUAGUAAAUAGUUAAUAAAAGAAAGCAGGUUGGUAACGCCUUACUUUCGGUACGAUCAUGACGUUCUGGAAGUUGGGUCGUUACACAGUACGUGAUAAAGAUGUGGAUCAGGAUGUCUACAGAUUAUUACUGUUUCCAUUUGCUGUAAAAGAUCAAGCUAAAAGGUGGUUGAAUAACCAACCUACAGCAAGCAUAAAGACAUGGAAACAGUUAUCAGACAAAUUCUUGAAUCAAUUUUAACCUCCAAAAAGGAUGACACAGCUAAGGCUGGACAUCCAAGGCUUUAAACAAGAGGAUAAUGAAUCCCUUUAUAAUGCCUGGGAGAGGUAUAGAGGUAUGCUAAGAAAAUGCCUCUCUGAAAUGUUUUCAGAGUGGGUACAGUUAGACAUCUUCUACUAUGGGCUUACAGAAAAAGCUCAGAUGUCUCUAGACCACUCAGCAGGUGGAUCUAUACAUAUGAGGAAGACGAUUGAGGAGGCUCAAGAGCUUAUAGAUACUGUUGCUAGAAAUCAACAUUUGUACUCUAGCAAUGAGUUCUCCACAAAAGAAGAAGUUAUGGAAGUAGCCACUGAUCCUAAUCCUCAAGAACAAAUGAUUGAGCUUAAUCAGCAAUUACACCUGAUGACAAAAUAGUUAGCAGAAUUUAAUGAUAUUCUCCAAGAAACUAAAAUUGCUAACAAGAACAUAGAAUCACAGUUGAAUCAGGCAAAACAGCAGCUAUCUAAAUAGAUAACAGAAGAAUGCCAAGAAGUUCAACUGAGGAGUGGGAAGACAUUGAAUAACAUUGCUCAAAGUAGCAAAAAGCCAAUAAAGGAACAAUUGACAGAGGAUAGCCAAACCACUAUCCAAAAUCCCUCUGAGGACAGUAAGAGCCCAGAGAGGAAUACUCUUGGCAUUCAAACGCCAGAAAAGGGGGGAAAGCUGGCGUCAAACGCCCAUUCCCUGCCCAGUUCUGGCGUUCAAACGCCAGAAAAGGGGGAAAAGUUGGCGUUAAACGCCCAUUUUUCACCCAAUCCUGGCGUUCAAACGCCAAUGGGGAAUCAGACACCCGAGAGUGCUGAUAGUAACCCCUAUAAGAAGGCUUCUCCAACCACUUCUGUAAGGAAUAAACCUGCAGUAACUAAGGUUGAAGAAUAUAAAGCCAAGAUGCCUUAUCCUCAGAAACUCCGCCAAGCGGAGCAGGAUAAGCAAUUUGCCUGCUUUGCAGACUAUCUAAGGACUCUUGAAAUAAAGAUUCCGUUUGCAGAGGCACUUGAGCAAAUACCUUCUUAUGCUAAGUUCAUGAAAGAGAUCUUAAGUCAUAAGAAGGAUUGGAGAGAAACUGAAAAAGUAUUUCUCACUGAAGAAUGCAGUGCAGUCAUUCUGAAAAGCUUACCAGAAAAGCUUCAAGAUCCAGGAAGCUUUAUGAUACCAUGCACAUUAGAAGGUACUUGCACCAAGACAGCCCUGUGUGACCUUGGAGCAAGCAUCAAUCUAAUACCUGCAUCCACUAUCAGAAAGCUUGGGUUGACUAAAGAAGUCAAACCAACCCGGAUAUGCCUCCAACUUGCUGAUGGCUCCAUUAAAUAUCCAUCAGGCAUAAUUGAGGACAUGAUUGUCAAGGUUGGGCCAUUUGCCUUUCCAACUGACUUUGUAGUGCUGGAAAUGGAGGAGCACAAGAGUGCAACUCUCAUUCUAGGAAGACCUUUCCUAGCAACUGGACGAACUCUCAUUGAUAUACAAAAAAGGGAAGUAACCCUGAGAGUCAAUGAGGAUGAGUUCAAGUUGAAUGCUGUAAAAGCUAUGCAGCAUCCAGACACACCAAUUGACUGCAUGGGCGCUGACAUUAUUGACUCUUUGGUGGAAGAGAUCAAUAUGACUGAAAGUCUAGAAUCAGAGCUAGAGGACAUCUUCAAGGAUGUUCAGCCUGACCAGGAAGAACCAGAGGAAACAAAAGAAUUUUUGAAAAUUCCUCAGGAGGAGGAUAAGCCUCCCAAACCUGAACUCAAACCACUACCACCAUCCCUGAAGUAUGCAUUUCUGGGAGAGGGUGACACUUUUCCAGUGAUCAUAAGCUCUGCUUUAAAUCCACAGGAAGAGGAAGCACUGAUUCAAGUGCUAAGGACACACAAGACAGCUCUUGGGUGGUCCAUAAGUGAUCUUAAGGGCAUUAGCCCAGCAAGAUGCAUGCACAAGAUCCUAUUGGAGAAUAAUGCCAAACCAGUGGUCCAACCACAAAGGCGGCUAAAUCCAGCCAUGAAGGAGGUGGUGCAGAAAGAGGUCACUAAAUUACUAGAGGCUAGGAUUAUUUAUCCUAUUUCUGAUAGCCCCUGGGUGAGCCCUGUCCAAGUUGUCCCCAAGAAGGGAGGCAUGACAGUAGUUCAUAAUGAAAAAAAUGAACUGGUUCCUACAAGAACAGUCACAGGGUGGCAUAUGUGUAUUGACUACAGAAGGCUCAAUACAGCCACCAGAAAGGAUCAUUUUCCUUUACCAUUCAUAGACCAAAUGCUAGAAAGACUAGCUGGUCAUGAUUAUUAUUGCUUUUUGGAUGGCUAUUCAGGUUACAACCAAAUUGCAGUAGAUCCUCAAGACCAAGAGAAAACAGCAUUUACUUGCCCUUCUGGCGUGUUUGCCUACAGGAGGAUGCCUUUUGGUCUGUGUAAUGCUCCUGUAACCUUUUAGAGAUGCAUGCUAUCCAUCUUCUCUGAUAUGGUGGAAAAAUUCCUGGAAGUCUUCAUGGAUGACUUCUCAGUAUAUGGAGAUUCAUUCAGCUCCUGUCUUAACCACCUAGCACUUGUCCUGAAAAGGUGCCAAGAGACUAACCUGGUUUUAAACUGGGAGAAAUGUCACUUUAUGGUGACUGAAGGAAUUGUCCUUGGGCACAAAAUUUCAAGCAAGGGAAUAGAGGUGGAUAAGGCCAAGGUAGAGGUAAUUGAAAAAUUACCACCACCUGCCAAUGUUAAGGCAAUCAGAAGCUUUCUGGGGCAUGCAGGCUUCUACAGAAGGUUUAUAAAAGGAUUUUUCAAAAAUUGCAAAACCUCUGAGCAACCUGCUAGCUGCUGACACACCAUUUGUGUUUGACAGACAAUGUCUGCAGGCAUUUGAGACCCUGAAAGCUAAGCUGGUCACAGUACCAGUCAUCUCUGCACCAGACUGGACAUUGCCAUUCGAACUAACGUGUGAUGCCAGUGACCAUGCCAUUGGUGCAGUGUUGGGAUAGAGGCAUAACAAGCUUCUGCAUGUCAUUUAUUAUGCCAGCCGUGUUCUAAAUGAUGCACAGAAGAAUUACACAACCACAGAAAAAGAGUUACUUGCAGUGGUCUAUGCCAUUGACAAGUUUAGAUCCUAUCUAGUAGGAUUAAAGGUGAUUGUGUACACUGACCAUGCUGCUCUCAAGUACUUACUCACAAAGCAGGAUUCAAAACCCAGGCUCAUAAGAUGGGUGUUGCUUCUGUAAGAGUUUGAUAUAGAAAUAAGAGACAGAAAAGGGACAGAGAACCAAGUAGCUGAUCAUCUGUCCCGAAUAGAACCAGUAGCUGGGGCGUCCCUCCCUUCUACUGAGAUCUCUGAGACCUUCCCAGAUGAGCAACUCUUUGCCAUUCAGGAAGCUCCAUGGUUUGCAGAUAUUGCAAAUUACAAAGCUGUGAGGUUCAUACCCCAGGAGUACAGCAGGGUGCAAAGAAAGAAAUUAAUUUCAGAUGCCAAGUACUACCUAUGGGAUGAGCCAUAUCUCUUUAAGAGAUGUGCAGACGGAAUGAUCCGCAGAUGUGUACCCAGAGAGGAAGCACAAAGGAUCCUAUGGCACUGCCAUGUAUCACAGUAUGAGGGACAUUUUAGAAGUGAGCGAACAGCCACUAAGGUCCUCCAAUGUGGCUUCUACUGGCCUACUCUCUAUAGAGAUGCCUGAGAG